GGGCUUGUCACACUUCAUUCACUCGCGGCUCGUUCGUCUGCUCACAUCUACAGAAUGAGGUUCUUGGUCUCCUUCGUGGCUGUGUUGUGCGUGGUGGGAGCAGCAAUUGCUCUCUACGUGCCAGACGCCCAAGAAUUGGGCUUCUUUAGAAAUGGUGGCGAAAGUGGCAACGCUGACGACGGCGGCACUGGCGGCAGUGGCGGCAUUGGCGGCAUUGGCGGCAGUGGUGGCAGUGGCGAAAAUGGCAGUGGCGGCAGUGGCGGCAGUGGCGAAAAUGGCAGUAGCGGUAGUGGCGGCAGUGGUGGCAGUGGCGAAAAUGGCAGUGGUGGCAGUGGCGGCAGUGGCGAAAAUGGCAGUGGCGGCAGUGGCGAAAAUGGCAGUGGCGUCAGUGGCGGCACUGGUGGCAGUGGCGAAAAUGGCAGUGGCGGCAGUGGCGGCAGUGGUGGCAGUGGCGAAAAUGGCAGUGGCGGCAGUGGCGAAAAUGGCAGUGGCGGCAGUGGCGGCAGUGGCGAAAAUGGUAGUGGCGGCAGUGGCGAAAAUGGCAGUGGCGGCAGUGGCGAAAGUGGCAGUGGCGGCAGCAGCGGCUGCGAAAAGAAUGGCAAUUGCGGCAACAAUGGUAAUAACGGGAAUUGUGGCAACAACGGUAAUAUAUGUAAUUGCUGUAAUAAUGGCCACAACUGUGUCCCUGUCCUCUCCAUUGGGUUUCACUGAUUACUACUCUUCAUAUUUGUAUGUUGCCCUGUUGUUCCAAUUCCACCUCAGUAUUCCCAAGGCCAAGGUACCUUUGCCUAAUUGGGGAACCAAGAGGUAUUAUUAUUUAUAUUUUCAAAGGAAUGACCACUGAUCCGUAUCAGGGACCAAUCUCUGUGUGUUGAGCGCAUAGCGUUAAAAAAAAAAAAGCACACACACACACACACACACACACACACACACACACACACACCGAGAACAGCGAUAACACUGAUAACAUCAGCAACACAAAUAUCAGCGGAAACAUUAGUAACAGUGACAAUAGCGAUAACGCUUUAAACACUGGUAAUAGCAACAACACCGGUAACAAUAGUAAGGCGCCAACACCAAUAAUACAAAUAACACUGAUAACAUCGGUAACACCAGUAACAGUGGCAACACCGGCAACAGUGGCAACACCGGUAACACCAAUAACAGCAGCAACACCAGUAACACUAGUGACAGCGGCAACCAUGGCUACACACACACACACACACACACACACACACACACGAGUAGCCUCUCUCCACACAACCAUCACGAAGAGUACUUCAGGUUCAGUCGCUGUGGUCAUUUCCAUUUGGGGUAUUAAUUACACCAGAUUAUGCACUGAAUAUUCCCUUUAACUUGCAAUUAUGUAUGUAAACCAUAAAAAUAAAUAUUUAGCAAAUUG